GGACGGCCUGAGACAGGGAUUGGUUCAGAUGUGUCAUGUGACUGGGGUGGGGGUGUGGCUUCAGAUCUGUGACUAAACAUGAUAAACUGGUCAAACUUCAGGAAGAAGAAGCUCUACCCACUCUGAAUCCACUGAACCCCGAGGGGUAAAACAGGAACAGACACAGCAGGGGAUCCUGAGAAUCCUGGACACUCCCACUGGCUGCUGACUCUAUUUAAGGGAACAGGAGUUUCGCAACUGUGAAAGUGAAAGUAAGUCAGACGGAACUUUCUGGAGUGACUGAGCUUCAGUUUUAACUGCUGGCACAGAAAUGUCUUAUCGAUCAGAGGAGGAUCUGUGCUGUCCGAUGUGUUACGACAUCUUCAGGGAUCCCGUUGUCCUGUCGUGCAGUCACAGCUUCUGUAAAUUCUGUCUGAAGAACUGGUGGAGGAGCAGCCAAACCCGUGAAUGUCGGUGCUGCAAGAGGAGAUCGUCAAACAGCGACCCGCCUCGGAACCUGGCUCUGAACAACCUGUGUGAGGCCUUCCUCAUAGAGCAGGACAGAAGGUCUACGUCAGGAUCUGAGUCUGUCUGCAGUCUGCACUCUGAGAAACUCAAACUCUUCUGUUUGGACCAUCAGCAGCCAGUCUGUGUCAUCUGUUGGGACUCAAAAACCCAUAAAGAGCACAAAUUCAGACCCAUCGAUGAAGCUGCUCAGGAUCUGAAAGAGGAGCUUCAGGAAUCCCUGAAACCUUUACAGGAGAAACUGAAGCUCUUUGAAAAAGUUAAAGGAAAGUUUGUCCAAACAGAAGAACAUAUUAAGGUCCAGGCCCGACUCACAGAGAGGCAGAUUAAGGAGCAGUUUGAGAAGCUUCAUCAGUUCCUGAAAGAGGAAGAGGGGGUCAGGAUGGUUGCUCUGAAGGAAGAAGAGAAGCAGAAGAGUCAGAAGAUGAAGGAGAAGAUUGAGGCUCUGAGCAGAGAGACAGCAGCUCUUUCAGACACCAUCAGAACCACAGAAGAAGAGCUGAGAGCUGAAGACGCCUCAUUCCUCCUCAACUACAAGACUGCAGUGGAAAGAGUCCAGCAGCGCCCCCUGCUGGAUGAUCCAAAGCUGCACUCAGGGGCUCUGAUAGAUGUGGCCAAACAUCUGGGUAACCUGACCUUCAACAUCUGGAACAACAUGAAGGAGAUGGUCUCCUACACUCCUGUGGUUCUGGAUCCAAACACCGCAGAUGCAGAACUGAUCCUGUCCAAAGAUCUGACCAGUGUGAAAUCUGGAGAGCCACAAUGGCUUCCCAGCAACCCCGAGCGGAUGAAAUAUUGCUGCUCUGCUCUGGCCUCUGAUGGCUUCACCUCAGGGACUCAUACUUGGGAUGUCCUCGUCGGAACCAACCGCAACUGGGAGCUGGGCAUGUUAGGAGACUACGAGCAGGAGAACGAGCGCCUGCGGUCUGGACUGUGGAGAAUGUUGUUCUGCAACGGCAAACUCACGGCGUUCUCCACAUCCGAUCCAAACAACGAGCUGCCGGUGAAGAAGAAGAAGAAGCACCUCAAUAGGGUCAGAGUUCACCUGGACUGCGACGGGGGAAGGCUGUCGUUCAGCGACGCUGAGACGAACAUGCAUUUACACACCUUCACACACACCUUCCCUGAGCCCGUGUUCCCCUACAUUUACACGGAGAACCGCUUCCCACUGCAGAUAUUACCUGUGAAGGUCUCCGUCUCCGUGCAGCUGGAAGAUCAAUCUUCGGUUUAAUGUCAAAUUCUGAAGAAAUUUAAUCAGGCUUUAAUGAUCACAUUAUUCAGUAGGCAUGUCAGGUGGUCUGAAUCGUGAUAGCUGAUUGGUUUCUUUAAUGCAAACGUGUUUAUGUUGAAUGACUUAAUGCUAUUAGCCUGUUGCUAAGAUUAUCUAUACCGUAAUUCUCAAAGGCCCAAAUCAAUGCUUCUGUUAUAUGUUACUUAGUUAUUAGUCUUUUUUUUCAGGCAACAUGUCAGAAGAUGUGCAGUAAGAUUUUUCUUAGCAAAUAACACAUUAUAAGUUCCAUUUCUCUAAGUGGUCUACUCAUGCUAACUAUAGCAUCGCUUUACAUGACUCUAGAGAGUUUUCAUGCUAAUGUCAGCUCAUUAGCAUUACAUUAUGUGAUGCUAGCAAGGUUUCAUGCUAAUGUUAACCCAUUAUCGCAGCACGUGAUGGUGCCAUGGCACUCCUUAGCAUUGCAUUGUGUGAGGCUAGAGUUUUCACGUCAGCAUUAUCCCAUUAGUAUUGCAUUACGUGAUCUAUCGAGUUUUUAAGAUGCGUGAAUGAUUAACUCCACAGUGACUCGCUGAUUUAGGAGUCUCUACUCACGCAGGUCCUCAACCACAAAAAAGCAUUUUUUAAUCACAUUAUAAUUCCUGCUGCUCACAUGGUGGCACUCAACUCAUGCUAACAUUAGGUACAAUCUCAGCGCCUUGACAUCAUAACUAAUGCCAAGUUAGCACCAAGAUAAUUAUACAACAUAUCAGACAGUAACUUUACUAAAACAAGAAAACAAAAGUGAAUUAUUCCCAAUUAGCAAAUCAGGGCAUAUUUGAAGCAUCACACUAAUUUCUUGCUCUAUCUUUUGUCAAACUUGGUAUAUAGUAGCUACAGUCAUCAUUGUUUGUCAUCUUAAUGGCUUCAAUCAUGUUCUAACUUCAUUAAACAGGGUAUUUGAUUGUGAUCCAUCAGUGUAAAAAUUUGAAGCCUAAGUAGCGUUUGUUGCUGUUUUUGGCUGAGGGUGCAGCUCCUUUCUUUCAUUUUCAGGUGUGUUGCCAGGUCUGAACUUUAUAAGCCAACCUGUUUGGAGGCAAGCUGGAUAAAGUUAUUUCAUCCCACUUUUGGAACUUUUUUGGGAGAUAUCAGCCUACUUAAUAAUUAAUUUAAUAAACAUAUAAGAUAAGAUAAACUUUACUGAUCUCACAGAGGAGAAAGAAUAAGUGCAAGAAUAAGCAAUAAUAAUACUACUUGUAACAGUACAAGACAUAACAAA